GUGUAGUGUGCCUGGACUCAGAGAAACUGCCUCCAGAACUGAAGACACAAACCGUGGGAUCAAAGUGAGACGCUCCAAUCAGCCAACCCUUUGCACAAUUGAGAGAACGGAAGAUUGAAUAGACGCAGGUGAGAGGUCAGUAGUGGAACGCCAGAGAAGUGAGAGGCUCCGGUUACGCUUGUGAGGUAAAAGGGAAGGAACAGAUUAGUGCCGGAGCUAAAGAGGACAGGACAGACAAGUGAUCCACAGAAAGAGUAGAAUCACCUCUGCGUAAACCUUCUUCCUGAAGGAAGAGUAUCAGAUAAAGACCGAAAGUAGUUUCCAGGUAUCUGUGUUGAGGUGCAACAUGUGGUUUCUGGCUGUGCUGUGGGCUUCUUGCCUGCUGGUGGGCACCCAUUCUCAGGGCAGUGCUAGCUUUCGCCGGGCGAAUGCCGGGAGUGGUCGUUGCCAGUACACCUUCACGGUGGACAGCCCUACAGAGGCCACUUGUCCAGCACCAGGUUCAAGUCCCGAGAUGGAUGCCCUGAAAUCUCGCCUGGGGCUUCUAGAGGCGCUGGUCGCCCGCCUCGUAGGAGGGGAAGCCGUGUCAGGGUCCUCACAGGGCUCUGGGUCUCAAUCAGGCCUCCAGGAUGCAUACAACCAGGUGAUGGGGGAGAACGCCCAGCUCCAGAGAGAGAAGCAAAGACUCGACAGACAGGUUCAAGACCUGCAGCAGAGAAUGGAAGAGCUCCGGCAGGAGGCUGAGAGGUUGAGGAGCAGACCCUGCAUGCAACAACCUCCUCCAAGAGUGCCGCAAAAUGACAACAGCUUCAGACCAGGAUCAGGACCUGCACUCUCACACCUGGUAUCAAGGCCUGGGAAUCCACAAGGAGACAAAAGCAGUUUAAGAGAUCCUGCAUGGCAUUACGAGAAUCCUGGAUACCAGGAGCUGACGGCUGUAGUCACUGAGGUUUCUGCCCCAAAUUCUUCCCCAAAUCCAGAAGGUCCAACGGACAUCACAGGCUGUGGUGAUCUGGUGUGGGUGCAAGACCCUGAGAUGCACCGCAAGGCUGACAGCAUUGCUGGUAAAUAUGGUGUCUGGAUGCAAGACCCAGAAGCCAAAGAACCUUACGGUCCAGAGAUGGUAUGGCGCAUUGAUGCCGUAGGCUCCGAAGUGCGUCAACUAUUCGGGUAUGAAAACAUGGACCAGCUGUCACGGGGCUUUCCCACUAAAGUCCUCCUCUUGCCAGAGCCUAUGGAGAGCACGGGCGCCACCAUGUACAAAGGCUCCUUGUACUACCAACGGCGGCUUAGCCGCACCCUUCUAAGAUACGAUCUGCUCUCUGAGAGCAUUGCUGCCCGCCGUGAUCUUCCCCAUGCUGGCUUCCAUGGUCAGUUCCCCUACUCCUGGGGAGGCUACACAGACAUUGACCUGGCAGUAGAUGAGAAUGGUCUAUGGGUCAUAUACAGCACCAACAAAGCCAAGGGCGCUAUUGUGAUCUCCCAGCUGGACCCUCACAACUUAGAGGUGAAGGGCACCUGGGAGACUAAAAUCCGCAAGACAUCUGUAGCUAAUGCUUUUAUGAUCUGUGGCAAGAUGUAUACGAUAGCUAGUUACACCUCACCAAACACCACUGUAAAUUACAUGUAUGACACUGCAACCAGCCAGGGUAAAACCAUCUCAGUGCCCUUCAAAAACCGCUAUCGCUACAACAGCAUGGUAGACUACAACCCAGUAGAGAGAAAGCUAUAUGCUUGGGAUAACUACUACAUGAUGUCUUAUAAAGUGAGACUAGGCAAGCAGGAGUAAAUCAAAGACAUCUGCGUAAAUUUCCUUAUCAUCCAGCUUAUAGAUGCAGUUUGUAAUGUCUUAAUAUUUUAACAUCCAGGAGGACAGCUAUUGAUGGAUUUACUGGAAUUUGAAGACAAUGAUAGACAACUGAACUAUAUAAUAAUGGCACCAGCAGUAGGUACAGAAUUUAUAAUGAAUACAGCAAAUAUUCAGUUUUCCUGACAAUAUUCAUUCAAGCACAAAGACUUCUAUAUAGGUUGAUAUUUUCAAGACCAUACCAGUGACUACAUUGCACAUCUUCACAUUAUUAAAAAAAAUAAUUUUGCAUCUUUGUCCAUGAUAAAUAUGCUAAAUGCUAUAGAAGAUAUUCCUUUGACUAAUAAAUUCCAAAAUGGAUAUCUAAAGUAUCUAAUCAUGUAUCCUGAUAUCAGGUUUUUAAUAAAUUGAGGCCACAUACAUCCUCAGUGAUUUUGUCCACUUAACAUGUUAAUAGAGAAAUUAUUUUUCUACCUUUGUAAGUAAUGUCUUGUCGUGUUUACGGCACUGAAUAAAUUCAAGGAAGGGGGAAAAUAUAAAGGCAUACAAUUCACUACAGUAGGCCUGCCUCUUGAUUGAUAGAUCGUAGAGGUAUGCGACUUUCAAAAACCAUAAAAACUUUGCUUGUUGUGUACAUGCUCUAAUCCUUAUGUAAUCAUGCUAUCAUAACUCUGUAAAUGUUGAACAUUUUCCCUUUUCUCUUUUGAAUUUGCCUCAAGACUUGUGUGCUGCUUGAGAUGUUGAAAUUGGAAUCUUGUGGCUAUGGAAGUGUAUUAACUUAUAUGAAAAUAAAGUUUUAAAAAGUC